CCUACGAACUGUUGCACGACUUGUUUCAUAUGCCUCGUUUUAAGCGUUAUUGAAAAAAAUACGUAUUCGGUAAGUUACUUCUGCAACUUAACUACGUCUUGCAAUCUGUUUGUACCAAUUUAUUAAGAAAAAAGUCGAGUUGGAUUAAAACAACGCUGUCUCGGCCCGCUUCUGGAGUAUUGAAUACAUUACUGAUGGGCUUCACCUGAACCUAACUCAAGCCACAUUUGGCUGUAAACCUGCUCCAUUCAAAAACAUGGCAGACAGUUUUUACAAAUUGGAGGAUGAAGUCCUCCCCAGUUUCCUCUGCGAGUCUAUGGACAGCACCAGUGGCCGUGCCACACUGGGGAAUGUGACACUGGGUUCAGGCCCAGGACUGCCAGUGGCUGCCUCUACAGUGGCGAAAAUUAGACCCGGGUAUGACAACAGAGAAGAUCUUGGUGAGGUGUCAUAUUUGGAGGGCAAAGAGCUGUAUCAGGCCAACUCACAGUCAUCAGUUGUAGAACAGGCCAAAUUCGCUCUCAGCUUUAAAGAUGACUUGGACAAAGCAGAUGACUUCAUUGCAGCCCACCGUCUUUCAGACAUGCUGGUGAAGAUUAAUCUUGAUGAAAGUGUUUCUCGAAACCAAAGCUCCAUGCUGGGGCUGCCUCCCACAUACUGGCCAACAGAACUUGGAACAGAUCUGUCAACAGGGCUUCUUACACUUCCCCAGUUUGGACAUAAAGAUAGUACAGAUGCAAAGUCCAUACAAGCUCAGGCCUUACCAGCUACAGCUGGGGAGGACGGUGUGCAGAGUGAGGGAAUGGACAGUGACCAUUUCAGUGGCAGUAACUCAAGCUUCCUGGUAAAUGAGAAGCUCAUGUCUGUGGACAGCAUGAACAGUGAUAUCACAGAUGAUGACACAGAUUUCAACAACCUGCCUGAUGAUGAACUGGAGUUGUACUUCAAUAAGCUGGUCCCUCCUGCUAUGCAGAGAGGCAGAGUGGAAGGCCAGGAGAUUCCUUCAACAGGACUGCCUGGUGCUGCUGAUGACCUAUCAAACAUACGUUCUGCAGAACCAGAACAAUAUAGACACCAGUUCCUUGAUCACUAUGAUCAGGAGGACUUCAGGAUGCCUGAUGUGCGUCUGGCUGCUACAGGUAUGGACUCCUGUCCUGCCAGUGAUGAGGACACUGAGGAUGAGCUGGAGUCUGCCAGAAGGAACAGCAAUGCUAUCAGGACACGGCUGCUGCCAAGCACCUCCAGACAACUGGUUGGAGAGAGUAAUCGUCCCAGUUUCAGGCCGGGUUUAGAGGGAGGCAGUUCUGAUGAUGAGUCUUUCAGUGGCCGCAGUGGUCCAUCUGCGUCUGGCAUCGAACACAGACGAUCAGCUGAGGGACAAGUCAUCAACCCGCCUGUCACAGGAGAUGGAGGAGAUGGGAGCAGUGGGAGCGAGGAAAGCGGAAAUUAUGGGGGCGUCUCGACCAUCCCUCUUCCAACGAGUAACGUCCAGACCACUUAUGAUGUCCUGCGUGGGCUGGGGAUUGUGGGUAGUAGUGCUGUUGGUGAAGAUGAAGAGGGUGAGCUGAGUAAUCUGGCAGGGCAUGGAAGGAACAGCGUUUCCAGACAUGCUGAGAUGGGUGAUCGUGUGGGUCCUGUAGGAACAGGGGAGGCCACCUUCUCUCUGGGGGCAUCAUUGGGAACUCAGAGGCUUUCUCCCGUGAACUGGAGCAUGGUGCUGGACCGACAAGAGGCACUGGAUGCUAUGGAAAGCACAGAGCCUGGGUCCACUGUUGACCGACUGUUGGACUCAGUCUACCUGAGGAGUGGAGCUGGACUCAGAAGACCUCAGGACUUAACAAACCCAGCUGUCUCCCACCUUCAAGGAACCCAAGGAAGCUUCCACCUCUCCCAGGUGCUGCUCCCAGACUGUGAUGAUGAUGAGGAUGAUGAUGAUGGUCACAGUGGAGUAGAUGAACCUGAUGGCGCAAGAUCCUCCUUGGGCUUCAGGGGCGGGCCCUGUGGUAAUGUGACUGCUGCAGAUGCCUCAGGCAGCACCAGUGAGGAUGACACACAUCCUCUUUCCACCUCCCUGGAACCCAAGUAUUUCUCCCAGAGCUUCCACCAGGAGCAAGAAGAUUCAGAUGAUGUGUGGAACCAUUGCCCAGACAACAUAGAGCUGGAGUUUCAACAAGCUGCCAGUGCCACUCAUGGUGUGGUGUACCAGAAUGAAGAGGGGCAGUGGGUGACAGACCUGGCAUAUUACUCCUCCUUUGAGAAAGAGGUUGAUGGGAAGACAUCAGAGAAUGCUGGUGGCAAUUUUCAGACUGAAGACUUCGUUAAUGCCGGUGUUGCUUUGGAAAAGAUAGUUAAAGAUCAAGUGGAGUUUGAAAAAGAGCACCAGUUCAUGCAGGAGGAGAAGAUUGAACCGGCCAGCAGCAACUGCACCUUCCAGAGUGACUCAUCUUGGAAGGUCCCCACCAACAGCCACAUCCUGAUGAGGGAUUCCCAGGUUUCCUCAGAGUUUAAACAGGGGGACCAGAGCUACCUGCGGCUCUCCUUAGGGCAGUUCUUCGAACAACGCUCUGAAGCCCUGGGCUGUUUAGGCAGCACUGGUGAUCUGGAUGGAGUUAAACGGCCAUCCUUUGGCUACAUCAUUACCUCUCCAGAGAAGAGGGAACCAUUUGCCCUCAUUCACCCCUCAGAGUUCUCAGCUGGAGUCAAAUCUCCUCACAAUGACACCACGGAACUCAGUGAAGCAGACAAAACACUAAACCCAGAGGACCUAGACAAAACUCUAGAGGCGCCAGGUGAAAGGAUGUCACCAAAAGGUGAUAUUGAUCCAGAAUGCAGUGAACAGGAGGUACAGGACCAUACUGUUAACGUGGCACUACCUGACCACAGUGAGGGCUCUGGCUCUGAGUCAAGCUUAGGCAGCCAACUCUACGUCGCCUCAGACAAUAACAGCAGUCAUCUGAUGCUGAGUAUCAGCACGAUUGCGUCAGCCAUUGCCGAUGCAUCCAUCAGCACUGACCCGUCGCAGCUGGCUGCCAUGAUCAUGGAGCUCUCCAAGAGAAGCAAGGCAAGGAAUCAACCCACGUCUGCUGGACCUGUUGAACCUGAUGUUUGCAGCACAGAGGAGCCACAUUCAACUGAGCAUAUCCAAGAUCAGAGUGCCAUGUUGGACACACUCCAGAGAAGCACCUGUGUUGGAGAGCUGAGUGCAUUUGACAUUGAGAAAUACCUGAAAAAUACUGAAGUAUCUAACGUCAGUGAUGCGUCCGUGGCACAUACUACCUUUGACUUGACAAGCUGGGCUGACAACCUCAUCAGGAACCCUCAGACAGGACCCCCUGAGGAACAGAGGAGAUCAUCUCCGCAAGUGGACAGUGAGACUCAAAAGAUGCCCAUAAGUACAAAAACUGAGGAGAGAGACAGGAGAGGAAAGACGACGUUAAACACUAGCUCAUCGGCAUCAUCACCAGGUAAUAAGGGGGAAACAAAAAGGAGCUUGAUUCCUUGUCCUCGUUCAUCUGCUAGCUCUGCCAGAAGGUCUGUGGGAUCAGGCCAAUCUUCUACACACAAGGCUCCUGCAGACAAAAUGGCAGCUUGCGAUAACACCAAGACUUCUAGUUCCAAAGGCAGGACCCCCACAGAAAAUGGAGUCAAACCAGAAGAACUAAACCCACAAAUGUCCAACAAUACUAGGUCUUCAUUAGAAGAACCACCACAAAAGACGGACAACGUCUCUGCUGCCUCACCUGACUUGCCCAGAACCUCCCCAGGAUGGAGGAAAGGGCAGUCAUGCCUGCCUUGCCUAAAAGGUUACUCUCCCCCGACUCAGAGGGUGAGGACUGCAGGCCAGCAGAAGCAGGACAGACCCAGUUAUUCUCCGGAGAAAAAACCACCACCCAGAAAUAUCGUGGCUGCUCCACUACCAUGUAGCUCUGUGGAGAAGCACGUUGGCUCCUCCUUCCAGAACAUCCGUUCUCCACUGGACCCUGCAUCUGAACUCCCGAAGGGUUUUUCAGAGCCUUGUGUGGAGGAGACGCAGUGUAACUUCAGACCGUCCACUUCUCCACUCACCCACUCUUCGCCAAGCCAGACCUCAAUUCCCAGUGCUGAUUGCAUGGUGUCGCCUUCUUCGUCCAGUGGAGGUCUGGCAGACAAACGUCCAGGUCUUGACUGCUCUCCUCAGUCUACCUGCUCCAGUCCUAGUCUCAGCAGGCUCACAUACAUCUCAAUGAAUGAUGGCACUGUCAUUCCUACACCUGAGAGACAAAAGAACAAUUGUACCAUGGCACUGAGCACCACCAUCAUCAGAUUCAGUCCAACUCCACCUGUGGAACCAGAUGCACAGUCUAACCUCAUUAUUCCUUGCCUUCCUAAAAGCCUGGACCAUGUGCAACCACAGCACUCUAAAAGUCUGGACCCACUACCAGCACCGCAGUGUAAAAGCCCAGAGGCCUCACGCAGUGGUUCUGCUCUGAGCUGUACUCGCAGUCAGAGUGAAUGUAACUACCACUGUCCUGGGGACAGGACAAGCAAUCUUUCAGCAGGUUGCCAGACCCACAAGCGCCUCUCUGAAUCCAACGUGAGGCAGCUGACUAAAGUGGACUCUGGCUAUUGUAGCAAUCUGAACAUUCAGCAAACUAGAAGCACCACAGCUCCUCAGAGCUCCCAGCAAUGGGGAGCUGCUAGCUCAGUCUCAUCAUCUGUGUAUGCUGGUGGCCUUGGCAUGCCUCCAUCCUACUCAUCAGAGGAACUUCACUACGUGCCCAUCCCCAGCUUUAAGCCCCAGUGUGCUGCUGGCCAGAUGGACCUUCCCCAUCAGGGAGAUGUGCAGUCACUCUUCACUGGACGCUCUCUCUACAACUCCCAGCUGGCUCAGCAGUAUUUAGGAUCUGAAGCUCCAUCACAUCCUAGUGCUUAUCACGUGGGAACAACAGGAAAUGGUCUCUACAGUGUGUCCUCUACAGGCACACCCAACAGUGAUCUAACUGUGAGACACAUCCAUCCCACGUCUGGUCCCCUGGGAAUCUCGGGGGCUGCUAGCUCUCAUCACCUCCCCAGACCCCAUCAGAACCAACAGGACCUGGGUAUGAGGGGGAAACUCUACAGUCAAUAUGAUGAGGAGCCUCUGGCGGGAUGUGGUCUUGAGGAACUGAGAGGCCAAGUGGUUGUACCAGGGGAGCUGCGCUUCCCUCAUGCCUGCUGUGUAGGCAUCGCCUCACAGACCUCACUCAGCCUCUUCAACCCCUCUGAGAGAUGGCAGCAAGUGUCAAUCACUGUCACCAGCCUGGCUAUUGAUGGAGAGAAGGUGGACAGCUUGCCUUAUCAGUGGCUGAUAGUGAAGAACAAGACCAUCAUUGGGCCGAAGAGUACAGAAGAGCAGAAGGUGUUGUUCAUACCUCCGCAGGCUGGUGUCUACCAGUGCGUCCUCACUGUUUGCUCCUGGCCUGCGUCUGCUGAGACAGAGGUGGCUUCCAGGGCUAAUAUCUUUGCUAAAAGGGUGAUGCUGGUUGCCAUAGCAGAGAAUCCUGCACUAGAGGUUGAAGCAAGCAAAUCUGGAUAUUUGGAUUUUGGAGACCUUCCAGGAGGCAGUGCCAAAGCUCUUCCUCUCAAACUGCUCAACAGGACUCAUGCCACAGUACCCAUCCGCCUGGUCAUUAGUGCAAACGCUACAGCGUGGCGAUGCUUCAACUUUUCCAAGCACCCUGGUACCAUGACAUCUGAAGCAACGCAGCAGGCUGGACACAUGACCCCAGUGUCCUCUCCCUCGGUGAUGAAUCACGUGAUGCACGCCAGCUACGGAGAGAAUCCAGCAAGCUUCAUGGUCUGGGUGCACUUCAAGGCCCCUCAGAAGUACAGCUUUUCAGGGGAGCUUGGUCCGGCUGAUGAGUACGUUGCUCGGGUGGACAUUGAACUGGACUCUCCUGGUCCGAGUCAUGUGAUUUGGAGUAUUCCCAUCAGGGCCAGGUCUGGAACUGCAAGGGUCCAUGCUCCUAAAGACCUGCAGACCGUCAGCCUGUCUGCUCCACUGGGUAAAUCUAGUCAACAGACGCUGCCAUUAAAGAAUGCUGGAAACAUUGACGUGCAGCUGAAACUCAAGAGCAGUGACGCCGAGGACAGUUUCUCUGUGACACCUGAUGAACUGCUCCUAAGAAAAGGAGAGGAGCAAGGGAUCAUUGUGUCCUUCAAAGCACAGGGCAACAGGAAAUGCAGAGAAAGCCUUCUCACCAUUUUGGUGUUGCCGUCAGGCCCUCAGUAUGAGGUAACCCUGAAAGGAGAAGUUGUCCCUGAAGACUCUGGGAAACCUGCUGUUCCCUCUGCUGCUGUCUUAGGCUGUGGUCUGGCCAAAGACAUUCCCCCGAUUCUCUCCAAUAAACAGUUCAUAGCUUGGGGAGGAGUCACUCUGGGACGAGCUGUCCAACAGAAGCUGGUUCUAAGGAACAACUCUACCAAUGCCACACAGCAGCUACGGUUGCUCAUUCGUGGUCAAGACCAGGACUGUUUUCAGCUCCAGAGUAUGUUCAGUCCAGAGGAGCGUCUGACCCGACAUGGGGAGCUGUCCAUCCGUCCCCGAGAGGACGUGGCCGUCCACCUGCUCUUUGCUCCCACCAGGGUGGCCUCCAUGUUGGCCAAGUUGGAGAUCAAACAGUCUGGAGUCCGGCCUUCACAGCCAGGGGUCAAAUUCACUAUUCCACUGUCGGGCUACGGUGGGACCAGCAACAUCAUCCUGGAGGACCAGAGGAAACAGGCGGACAGCUAUAUGGCGACGCUGUCCGACAUUGCUGUUGGUCAUGUCAGCAAAGUGUGUCUAUGUGUGAGGAACACCGGCUCCAGAGCGGCCUUCAUCAAAGCCAUCGCCUUCUCCGAUGUGCAGAGGCGAUCAGUGUUAGAGCCCUCAGUCAUCAGCCUCGCCCCGUCACAGUUUGUGCUGAAGGAGAGGACACAGGAGGUGAUAACUGUGCUCAUGAAGUCCACUCAAAGGGAACAGAGCCUGUGUCAGUCAGCCAAUGCACUGCUGGCUACUGUCUGUCUGUUCUGUGGAGAUGAGGUCUCCAGGCAACAGUACAGAAGAUUGCUUCAGAGCAAACCAGAGGCUGCACGGAAAGCUCUGUCUGGGAACAGCCUGCUGAAAAACAUUGACUUUAAUGAGAAGUUCCUGGGAGAAGAAAAUGUUACAGAGACCUACGACCUGCCCCAUCGGCCCAAUGAGGCCCACAUCUUCUAUGGCAACAUGAGUAAGGUGGUGGUGUCGCUGCUGGGAAGUACGAAGAGCACAGACUGUGAUGGGAGUGACCAUACUGAGCUGCAGCUGCCCCGUGCUAGACACGAUUCAGAGACUGACAGUGGUUUGGCCAAUGGCAGUGUGUCUCUGGAUGUGCUGCCAGUCAAGGGUCCUCAGGGUCCAGCACUGAGAGUGACAGAACCCACCAUAAAGGCUUCAGAGCCAUUACACAGGCAGUCUGAGUCCUGGACCAUCCAUCCAGAACAGCUCGUCCUCACAACUCCUACCAUCAAUGGUGCAGCCACCACCAGUCAGAUUCAGAUCCGGAACAAUACAUCCAGAGAGCUGAGCUUUGAUUUGUCCUGGCCUGCUCACUGCCUCACCAUCACCCCUCAGCACGGAGUCAUCGAGCCUCAGUGCCACUUGCAGAUUUUGAUCAGCCCCAACCCCUCACUAGCAAAUAAAUCUGCCCUGCUGCCAUGGAGUGGACAGGUUUAUGUCCAGUGUGAUGGUCAACAGAAGUUUAUUAAGGUCCAGAUUCGUCAGGACCUGGCUCUGGAUGUGUCCACAGCCCCAGCGGAUAGGACACUGUCAGCCCUGCCUCCUCUUGCUGCCACCCCUGUGCUGCCUGGAGCCAGGCUCAACACUAAGUCCUCACUGUCCCUGCAGAACCCACAGACCCCACAGACCCCACAGACACCUCAGGCCCCGGUGGAUAUCAGCAGCAAGACCAUCAUCUUCCCCACCACUCCCUCAGGGGAAACAUCAGAGGCCCAGCUGGAGGUGCAAAAUGGGGAAGAGGAAGUGAGGUGGUACCUGUCUUCAUUUGCCCCUCCAUACGUCAAGGGGGUUGACAACAGUGGAGAUGUUUACCGGGCCACAUAUGCUGCUUUCAGAUGCUCCAGGGUCUCGGGAACUCUGGGAGCACACGAGAAGAUGCAGGUGCCAAUUACUUUCCUGCCCAGAGACAGAGGGGACUAUGCACAGUUCUGGGACUUGGAGUGCCACCCGGUGUCUGAGCCCCAGCAGAAAACUAGAAUCCGCUUCCAACUCUGUGGCACUGGAAUAAAGUCUGGACCAGUGGAGGGACGACAGGAAGGAGACCACUCUCUGGUGAAAACAGAGCCCAGUGUCAAGACCAGAAGGAGAGCUGAAGCCUCAGCUGGCAAAUCCAGCCAGGAGGAGGCCCUGCGGAGGGGUGUCUAUUCUCCUCAGGAUCUGUACACCUUCCCAGCCACACGGGUGGGGGAGUCCAGCUCUCUGAAGGUCAGCAUCCGCAACAACUCGUCCAACGCGCAUGAGCUGAAAUUUGUAAACUGUAAGGAGCCCUUCCACAUCAAGCAUUCCAAAUAUUCCCUGAGAUCGCAGCACUAUCUGAAGCUACCCGUCCAGUUCAAGCCCAGCACUGCAGGCAGACACGCUGGCUUGCUGCUCAUCCAGUCAGAAACAAGUGGAAAUCUUGUAAUUCAGCUGAUCGGUGAGGCAUUGCCUUGAAUUCACCAUCUACCGUCCUACGCCACCUCCUCAUGCUGACUGGCUGGCUUUGGGUGGAUGCUCUUCUCUGUACUAUUCAUCAUGGCACAGAGGGGAGUAACAGAGGAAAAAGAAAAACUCCACAUUGAUAAGGAUCAAUUAAAAGCAACCAUGGAGUUAAGUCAUUCCUUUUCAUCAUAUUUGGAGAUGUAGACUGUAGCUGAUGAACUGGAGAUGACUGAGGAUCUACUGCCAACAACAGCCCCAUCUGCCUCUGGAUAAGACAGGUGUUUUCAGUUGGCCCAUGAAAAAUGUUUGUGCCUGAAGCUGAAUAUUUGGCCUUACUGGCUCACAAUUAGUCUGCACCAAUCUGGCAUUACAGUGAAUUAAUGAUUUAUGUCACUUGACUCUGGAUCUGGUAUUUGCCUUAUCCCUAGGUCGUUAACAAGGCAGUAUUGUUGUCACCACAGCCUCUGUCAGACAGUAGCAGUACCAGCUGGGCUAUGUUCGGGAUUACUUGGAGCUGGUCACUCAGGGAUGCCUUUGUCUCUUGUUUGGUAACAUGACUGCAGGGAAAAGCCAUUUUGUCUUGCUGUUUUUUCCAUUUUAGAUAGUAGAAAUCUGGCCUGGGCAAAUUAAGUAAUUUCUGUAAUUAACCGUAACAAGACCACAGGAGAUUUGAGGAUUCUGUGUUUUAAGAGUUUUGAUUUUCAAAGUUAGGUCUUUCUACAUUUCCUAAGAUUUUCCUUAUCUUCUCUGCUUGUGUGGUUUCUAUGGAAAUGGCUCCUCAUCAUGCAGAACCCACCUGGACAGUGGCCUUUGUCAGCACCAUGUGUCGAAUUCCCAGCAACCUCCAAGACUUGUUCAAACAGUCCAGAUGUACUUGAUGUAGUCAUGAUCAGGGAAGCUCAGACCACAUUAGGAUGGUUAAUGAUUGUUAUUACAUGCUUUAAGAGUUUCCUCUGGUGGGGUUUGUGUUCGGUAGCUUGCCAGGCCUGCUUAGUAUGGUUACCAUGGUAAAACAGUGUUAAUUACAGUUCAAGUCACAGAAAAUUAGCACCACAUUUCCUCUUUUGGCUCUGGGGCAAAUGGCCAAAAUUGCUUGGGGGUGUUGGAUUCACAUCCAUAAUCAUUUUUUUGUAACUGGAAUGACAUGGGAAAACUUCAUCGGAGAUGUGUUGUUAACCUGUUAGAUGCCACACAUUGGGACAACACAAUGAAAAACACUAGUGUCGAACAAUAUUUUCAUGCUUGUAUAAAGUAAGUUUUAAUAUGAAGGCUGUAUGUUUUCACAGGCUGCACUCAACAUGAACUGACAGCUAUCCUAACAUACUUUCAUUUACAAUUUGCACAUGCUUCAUAUAGUUUAUUAUAUAAUAUAUUGUUCUAUGUACACAUUUUAAAUAAAGUUUGUGAUAAAUA